AUGUCAUCAUCAUAUUUCAAAUGUAACUCAUGUGCUAUUCAGUUCCCAAACUCUGAUUCUCAAAGAUAUCAUAUGAAAACAGAAUGGCAUAGAUAUAAUCUUAAAAGAAGGGUGGCACAACUUGCUCCAAUUGAUGCUACAUUGUUUGCUGAUUUAAAGCAAAGAGCUGAACAAUCAAAACAAUAUGAAGAAGAAACUGAUGAAUUUGGAUUCAAAAUCAUUAAAGAAAGACAACCAAAGAAAUUCCAUAUCAAUCAAAGAAAUAGAGUUGAUACUUUAAGAGGUAGAGCUGCUGCUCAUGUUGCUUCUUCUUCCAAUACUAAUGGUAUAGCUAGAGAAGUGAGUCCUGCAAGUACAGUUGCAUCUGGUCUUUCAAGUUUUUCACUUGGAGAAUCUGUUUAUAGUCAUCCUGCUACACAUACUGAUGUUGAUAGUGAUUAUGAAUUAUCUUCACAAGCUGGUACUGAUCCAAGUUAUGCCCCUUCUGGGGAUGAAGAUAAUGAAGAAGAUGAAGACGAUGAAGAAUUUGAUAGAAUUUCUCAUCAUGAUGCUGACUUAUUACAACCAAUUACAAGUUGUAUAUAUUGUGGUGUUCCACAUCAUGAUAUUGAAACUAAUCUGAAUCAUAUGUUCAGAAAUCAUGGAUUAUUUAUACCUGAAAGAAGUUAUUUGGUUGAUUUAAAAGGUUUAUUAGAAUAUUUGAUUUCAGUUAUUGUUAUUGAUAAUGAAUGUUUAUGUUGCAGUUUUAAAGGAAGAAGUUUAGAAAGUAUAAGAGCUCAUGUCACAUCAAAAGGUCAUUGUCGUCUACCCUAUGAAACUAGGGAAGAAAGAGCUGAAUUUGAGAGGUUUUAUGAUUUCUCUUCAAUUGAUGAACAACCUGAAAAAACCAAGACUACAAAGAGUAUAAGCUUUUCAAACUCUGAAGGUCCAGAAAGUCAAGACGAAGAUGAUAAUGAAGAUGAUGAAUCAAAUGAUAGAGAUUUGGCUCUAGUAUCCACCACCACUAGUGAAAACAGUAAUAGUGAUGAUUAUACCAUAGCUCAUAUUGAUCCAUUAGACUCAGAACUAGCAUUACCUAAUGGUAAUCGAUUAGGUCAUAGACAGCACCAAAGAAUUUAUAGACAAAAUAUUCAUUUACCUAGAGAACCAACAGAUGGUCAAUUAACUGUAUCAAAUGCUGAUAGAAGAUUAGCAACAUUACCUUCCUUACAUGAACAAAAACAAGUUAAACAUAUUAGACAAAUUGAACAAAAGGAGAAAAGCACACAUAUCCGCCGUGAAGUUAAGCGUGUUAAUUUCCAACCUCAUUUCAGAGAUCAAAUGUUAGGUGGUUAG